AUGCAAGAAAUGGAAACAAAUUCCAAAACCAUUUUUCUCUUUCAAAUCCUUAUCUUCUCAUACUUUAUCAGCAUUAAUAUUAUUGCUGUAAGAGGCGUCAAUAAUAUUGCAAAUUUCUCUCCAUGCAAUGGUUCAAUAGCAGAUUGUGAUGAAGAAUUGGAGAUUUUAAUGGAGUCUAAGAUAAGCAGAAGAAUUCUUGAAGAGAAGAAAUACAUCUCACCAGGGACUUUGAAUAGAGAUCAGCCAGUAUGCGAUGGUGGUGCCAGGGGCAAGCCGUACACAGGCGGUGGCGGUUGUGUUCCUUUCCCGUCAAACCCCUACCACAGAGGUUGCCUCCAAUAUUAUGGCUGUCGGGGUGAUGUAUAA